UAACUGAUUGCCAUAAUUUUCUCUUACUCAUUUACUUAUUUGAAUACCAAGGAUCGAAAUUAUUCUAAUGCCUAACUAGCUAGAUUGUUUACACAUAUAAAGGGUCUAUUUGAAUCCAACAAAACACAUACAUUUACUCAAAAACAUUGCAUAAGAAAGUGCAGGCCUCGCUACAUUGUCGUACUGAGAUUAUCAUUCUCUUCUCUUCCACGAAUCCAAACAUGAGCGAUGAGUUAGCCCAUGACUUCUCUCCUCUCUUUAAAAUCUACAAAGAUGGUCGAAUUGAGCGACUCAUGGGCACAGAUACAGUUCCUCCAUCAGUUCAUCCCCAAACUGGUGUCGAAUCCAAAGACGUCAUGAUUUCAAACGAAACAGGAUUAUAUGCUAGGCUUUACAUCCCCAAAUCCACCACAACCUCUUCCACCAAACUCCCUCUUCUUGUUUACUUCCACGGCGGCGGCUUCUGUGUUGAAACUACCUCUUCUCCUACUUACCACAACUACCUCAACUCCUUAGUAGUGGAAGCUAAUGUUGUUGCUGUGUCUGUUGACUCUAGGAGAGUCCCAGAGUACCCUCUGCCUGUUGCCUACAAUGAUUCCUGGGAUGCUCUCAAAUGGGUUGCUUCUCAUUCUGAUGGAAGUGGCUCUGAGGAGUGGCUAAAUAACCAUGCAGAUUUUCAGAAACUGUUCUUCUCUGGUGAUAGUUCUGGUGGUAAUAUAGUGCAUAACAUGGCUGUGAAAGUCGGCUCUGAAGGCUUGGUUGGUGUUAAGCUCAUAGGGAUUGUGCUGGUGCAUCCCUUUCUUUGGGGGAAGGAACCAAUUCGGGGAGAGUCAACUAUGCCUGCAGUUCAAAGAGAGUAUCUGGAUUCUAUGUGGCGUUUUGUGUACCCUUUGACUAGCGGAUCUGAUGAUCCGCUUCUCAAUCCGGGUAAGGAUCCGAAAUUGGGUGGAUUGGGGUGUGAGAAAGUGUUGGUUUGUGUUGCUGAGAAUGAUACAUUGAAACAUAGAAACUGGUAUUACAGUGAGGUCCUUAGAAAGAGUGGAUGGAAAGGCGCUGUGGAGGUCUUGGAAGCAAAGGGGGAGGGGGGCCAUGUUUUCCAUUUGUUCAAUCCAACUUGUGACAGUGCUCAGGCCAUGCUGAAAAAGAUCACUUCUUUCAUCAAUUAGUGUCUGGUUAGCAUUAUCUGAAUCCAAGCUUGUUUGAAUUUCCGUUGUUGUCAUUUCUGUUCUCGUGCCUUGUGUGGCUCCUUAAAUUGCUGUGUUUUAUGCUACUAUAUAACGUAAAACUGCUGUCUGAAUGUAUAAAAAUAAUGAUUCUAAAUUCUGAAUGCAAUUAUACUAUAUAUGAAAAAGAUGAGUUAACUGUUCACACCUGUUCAUGUAACAGUAAAAAGUCAUUUUUGCCCUUACUUUUUUCCCACAACUUCAGGGUGCCAUUGAGCUGCUAGAUGCUUCCAUCGGUUUCUUCUUUCUUCAACUGCGUGUUUAUUCCAAAGAAGGACAACCUACUUCUUUGAUCUACUGAAAAAAAAAGAGAGAGAGAGAGAGAGGGGUACAGAGUGAGUGAUAGAACAAUUGCACCCACCAAGAGCAAGAAAGAAGAAGAGGGAAAUUCACAUCACGAGACUGAACAGAGAGAGAAGAGGGAGACGGGAAGAAGAAGAAGAAGAAGAGGAAUCUGGGUCUUGAUCUGAAGCACCUGGCUUUUUUGGAUAUCACUUUUCUUUUUCUUGGCAAAUCUUGAUCUACAGAGUGUGAGCUGUUCAGAUUUGCUGUCUAUCAAUCUGUGAACCAGAGUUUCAAAUUGGAUUGAGAUUUGCAGAAGCCUUACAGUUUCAUGAAUCAUUGUUGAGCUUGAACCAGUAUUUCAAUGUGCUAAUGUCAUUAACUCCUUCUUGAAUGUUGUAUGAUAUUUCUUGCAUUGAAUCAAAUAAGUUGGCAUUGAAAUCUAAUUUGCUGUUUGUAUGUAGUUCAGACUUGAAAGUUGCAUAUACUCGAGAACUUGGGAAAACCCGUUUUUUAAACUCCUAGACGCAGAAGUUUGACAGUUUAAGGAUUCUGCUCCAAGGUUAGCAUUCUGUAUAUAUGCUAAAGAGAAAAUUAUCUUAAUCUGUCAAGGUCUUUUAACAUUGCAAGUAAAAGUUGUAAAUAAACUGGCUAAUACUCAUUUGAGUGUCAAGCAAUUACCUUCAGACUGGAUCCUAGACCAUUGUCAUCAUUCUAAACUGGAAGUGAUAUUAUACAACAUCAUCAAUGGAGAUUGUCAGCAAGGAGAAAACCGACUGCAGUUCCAAACCACUUUUUCUAAAAACAAAGGAAAGCGACUUUUCGCACAUCCUCCAUGACUAGCUAUCAAUAGGAUACAUUAUCAACUAUUUUUUGUAAACCAUUGCAGCAGCAAUUGUAACUAAGUUAGCCUUAAACUAUGACAACCUAUUUUUUCAACAUUGCCAAUAGAACACGAUCUAUUUCAUCUUUAGUUGUAAAACAGACAUAAAUCUUUUGUUAAUUUAGUUCUUGAAUAACGUUGUAUUA